UUGAUGUAUUAACCGAUAUUGACACAAAUUGUACUAAUUGGAUAAUGUAUUACCAACAUCAAAAAAAAAUUAAAUUAGUCUGCCAAAGCAACCAUUGCCAAUAUGACAAAAUCACAUGCGCAAGAGAAAUCCGAGUGGCAAGAAGAGUUAAGGACAAACACGCAGAAACAUCAAAAUGAGCUGCAGGUAGUCCAGACGCAAAUGGAAAGCGAGCGCGAGCGGGCCAAACGGAACGAGGCGGAGAUGCAGCGGGUCGACGACGAAAUGCGUCGUCUGCAAUCGUCUGGCGACAAGGAAGAGGAAUUGCGAGUGAUGAAAAUAUCUUACGAGAAAAUGAUCAGUGCCAAGGACAAGGAAAUCGAAGAAGUCGAAGAAAGACUUCGAGAGCGCAUGGCCAAAGAUGCACGAAACGGUGAUAUACAACAACACAUGGCAAAGAAGGAGGUUGAAUGGGAACGGAAAAUGCAAGCGGUGGUUUCACAACAUCAAAAGGAACUGACAGUUUUGCACCAGACGCAGCAAAAGUUGUUGGACAUGAAGGACAAAGAGUUGGAAGACUUUUCAUAUCGAUUACGGACUGUAACAAGCGCACAGCAAAAAGAUCUGGAGAAACUGCAUCAAGCACACCGGGCCAAGAUUGCAGAGAUGGAGGAAGUUAGUAGAGCACUCACCGAUAAAUUCAACGGCAAUGCUAUGGAAUUGCGAUGGGCAACCCAAGAAAAUACCGAAAAUGAGGCCAAAAUUAGGGAUCAGGCGAACACGAUAGCUCAGUUACUGAACGAACGAGACCAGUACCGUGAAGAAAAUGUAAAAAUGUUGAGCGUAAUUAACACCCUGAGACAGCAACAGCAGCUGCGGCAGUAAAAUAAUAUCUUUGUGUGCACACCACUACUGUGUGUGGUUUUUUUCUGUUUUUCUACGUUCGAACACCCGGUUGAAGGGGGG